AGGCGGCCAUGAUACAUAGGACGCGUUUUUGUUACUUUCUCUAUUUCAAGGAAAGCGAUAGAGUAACUAUUUACAUUAUUGAUUGCGCUUCCUUCUCCAAUACGCAAGGGUGUGAACUCUCAUUUUCCUCGCGUCACCUUCCUUUCACACGAAGUGCGCUGCGUUUUUCUUUCCCAUUGAAGCAGCUUUAUUGCUGCAUAUUUUGUCCCAUCCAUGGAGCUUCCUGCUGCACCAUUUUGCUUUUGUGGUAGCAACAUCACAGCUUUGAUGCCAGUGCCACUACUCCAACAGUGGAUCAACUUGGUGAGAAAACAUUUUUAGACAAGGAUUGCCCUUUAAAUUGGGUGACGUGAGCAACACCUCUUUACAGCUAUCUGCUCCCGUUUCCACAUUCUCUGUUUUCUCUGCAAUCAGUCUACUGAUUUUUCAUUGCAAGACACACACUGAUUAUGGCAGAAGGAGGCCUGACUUUGGAGUAUACGCCGACAUGGGUCGUCGCCAUCGUCUGCAGUUUCAUUGUCAUCAUUUCUCUCGCCGCCGAACGAUUCCUCCAUUAUGCCGGCAAGUAUUUGAAGAAGAAGGACCACAAACCCCUCUUCGAAGCUCUCCAGAAAAUCAAAGAAGAGUUGAUGUUGUUGGGGUUCAUAUCGCUGUUGCUGACGGUGUUUCAAGAUCGAAUUAGCAAAAUCUGCAUACCGGCGAGUUUGGCCGACAAAUGGCUGCCGUGCUCCAAAGAUUCCGAACCAAAAUCUACGACCUCCCAUUUCCAAACCUUCUUCUCAUCGUAUCUUCCUAGAGGCACCGUCCGCCACCUUCUCGCUGACGCGUCGUCAUCAUCAUCAGAGUCGGUGGAUGCCGCCGCAGCUUACUGUAACGCUACGGGGAAGGUGCCAUUGUUGUCCGUGACUGCCCUGCACCAUCUUCACAUAUUCAUCUUCGUGCUCGCCGUUGUCCAUGUGGUUUUCUGUGUACUCACCAUUCUUUUUGGAAGUGCAAAGAUCCGUCAAUGGAAACACUGGGAGGAAUCCGCCACUAAAAAGGACUAUCAUCCAGAGCAAGUUCUGAAGAAGAAGUUUAUCCAUGUUCAAGAAGACGAGUUUAUCAAGAAUCGGUUUAUGGGUAUUGGAAAGGAUUUGGCUUUGUUGGGUUGGAUUCAUUCAUUUUUCAAACAAUUUUAUGGAUCAGUAACCAAAACAGAUUACAUCGCCAUGAGACUAGGCUUCAUUAAGACUCAUUGCCCUGGGAAUCCAAAGUUCAAUUUUCACAAGUACCUGAUGCGUGCUUUGGAGGCUGAUUUCAAGAAAGUAGUUGGGAUAAGUUGGUACCUUUGGGUUUUUGUGGUUAUCUUCUUGUUGCUCAAUGUCCAUGGAUGGCAUGCGUAUUUCUGCCUAGCAUUUGUUCCAUUUGCUCUUUUGCUUGCUGUUGGCACCAAACUGGAGCAUGUAAUAACACAAUUGGCCCAUGAGGUGGCUGAAAAACAUGCAGCCGUUGAAGAGCAGGUGGUGGUUAAGCCUGAUGAUGACCACUUCUGGUUCCACAGGCCCCAAAUUGUUCUCCUCCUAAUACACAUCCUCCUGUUCCAGAACUCAUUUGAAUUGGCAUGUUUCUUCUGGAUUUGGGUGGAAUAUGGUUUUGACUCCUGCAUUAUGGGACAACUUGGAUUCAUUAUCCCUCGACUCGUCAUAGGAGCAUUUGUUCAGUUCGUCUGCAGUUACAGUACUCUACCACUCUAUGCAAUUGUCACGCAGAUGGGAAGUUCAUUCAAGCGUUCAAUAUUUGAGGAACAUGUCCAAAAGGGACUCCGAGCUUGGACUAAAACGGCAAGGACUCAUGCUAUGGUUAUGCAUGCCACCACCGGCUCCAGCCAGGUAGGUCAUAAAGAGAAUUCUGUUUCUGCUUCAACAGUACAGUUAGCAAGGGUUGGUGACCCGGAAACUGCAGCAGAAGAGGGCAGAGGGGAGAUCAAGCCUGAAUCUUUCUCUGCCUGCCGCAAAUGAGCAGUCGCUUAUGCCUCGCAUGACAUUGUUGUACUAAAUGAAUCUUGUGUGUUCAAGCAAAAGAGAAAACGUUGUUGUGCAAUGGAGUCGUGAGAGAUGUAAGCAAGAUUCACUCGUAAAUUCUGUUGUACCAUAGAAUAUAUUUCACCAAGUUUUUAAGUUUUUGGAUACAUUUUCGUGUCUUUGGAAUGUUGAAAAAUCUGUGCUCCUUGGCAUAAAUUAUUGGUUUAGUU